AAUUCGACUGACAAAUAAUAAUUGGAAAAACGAAAGACGAACUUGAAAGUUGAAACUACUUACCUUAAUCUCCUCCAAGUUUUUGAGUUAUAUUUCAUUUCCUUCUCUCCCUCUCUGCAUACUCUAAUUCGCACUUUCUCUCAGUUGAUACAAAUUCACUCCUCAUCUCAGUCUCGGAUUUCUGAAUCGCGGCACUCGCUCACGGAAAAAUGCCGCUCAGACUUGAAAUCAAGAGGAAACUUGCUCAAAGGUCAGAAAGAGUGAAAUCUGUGGAUCUACACCCAACUGAGCCAUGGAUAUUGGCAAGUUUGUAUUCAGGGACUGUUGGCAUUUACAAUUAUCAAACCCAGACAAUGGUCAAAUCAUUUGAGGUUACGGAACUACCAGUUAGGUCAGCUAAGUUUAUAGCACGAAAGCAGUGGGUGGUUGCUGGUGCUGAUGAUAUGUUUAUCCGCGUUUACAAUUACAACACAAUGGAUAAGGUUAAAGUAUUCGAGGCACAUACAGAUUAUAUUAGGUGUGUGGCUGUCCAUCCGACACUUCCAUACGUGUUGUCAUCCUCAGAUGAUAUGCUAAUAAAGCUCUGGGACUGGGAAAAAGGAUGGGCAUGCACUCAAAUAUUCGAGGGUCACUCUCAUUAUGUGAUGCAAGUGACGUUCAAUCCGAAGGACACCAACACGUUUGCCAGUGCAUCCCUUGAUCGCACCAUUAAGAUUUGGAAUCUUGGUUCUCCUGACCCAAACUUUACCUUAGAUGCACAUCUGAAAGGAGUCAACUGUGUCGAUUAUUUUACCGGUGGUGAUAAGCCUUAUUUAAUUACUGGUUCUGAUGAUCAUACUGCUAAGGUGUGGGAUUAUCAGACAAAGAGCUGUGUCCAGACACUAGAAGGCCACACGCACAAUGUUUCAGCAGUUUGUUUCCACCCUGAGCUUCCCAUAAUAAUUACAGGUUCCGAGGAUGGUACUGUCCGGAUAUGGCAUGCCACCACUUAUAGACUUGAGAACACCUUAAAUUAUGGUCUUGAAAGAGUUUGGGCGGUUGGCUACAUGAAAGGUUCGAGACGGGUUGUAAUUGGAUACGAUGAAGGAACCAUAAUGGUAAAGCUUGGUCGAGAGGUACCUGUUGCCAGUAUGGACAACAGCGGGAAAAUCAUUUGGGCAAAGCAUAAUGAAAUUCAGACUGUCAACAUUAAGAGUGUUGGAGCAGAUUACGAGGUUUCUGACGGAGAGAGAUUGCCCUUGGCUGUUAAGGAAUUGGGAACCUGUGACCUUUAUCCACAGAACCUGAAGCACAACCCUAAUGGUAGGUUUGUUGUUGUGUGCGGGGACAGUGAGUAUAUAAUUUACACUGCUUUGGCUUGGAGAAACAGAUCAUUUGGUUCAGCAUUGGAAUUUGUUUGGUCAACUGAAGGAGAAUAUGCUGUUAGAGAAAGUACAUCAAAGAUCAAGAUAUUCAGUAAAAAUUUCGUGGAAAAGAAAAGCAUCCGUCCCACAUUUUCUGCCGAGCAUAUCUAUGGCGGAACUUUAUUAGCCAUGUGCUCAAAUGAUUUUAUUUGCUUUUAUGAUUGGGUUGAGUGCAGGCUUAUAAGACGAAUUGAUGUCAAUGUUAAAAAUCUCUACUGGGCUGAUAGCGGUGAUUUGGUCACCAUUGCCAGUGACACAUCAUUUUACAUUCUCAAGUAUAAUAGAAAUGUAGUUUCUGCUCAUUUGGAUAGUGGGAGGUCAGUGGAUGAACAAGGCGUGGAGGAUGCUUUUGAGCUUCUUUAUGAAAUUAAUGAACGAGUGCGGACCGGACUUUGGGUUGGGGAUUGUUUUAUUUACAAUAACUCGUCAUGGAGACUUAAUUACUGUGUGGGCGGUGAGGUGACGACUAUGUUCCAUUUAGACCGACCUAUGUACCUGCUUGGAUAUCUUGCUAGUCAGAGCCGUGUUUAUCUUGUCGACAAAGAGUUUAAUGUUAUAGGAUAUACGUUGCUGCUUAGCUUGAUUGAGUAUAAGACUCUUGUAAUGCGCGGUGAUCUGGAAAGGGCUAAUGAGAUAUUACCAUCAAUACCAAAAGAGCAUCAUAACAGUGUGGCCCAUUUCUUGGAAUCACGAGGAAUGAUCGAGGAUGCUCUUGAAGUAGCUACAGAUCCCGACUACAGAUUUGAGUUGGCCAUAAAUUUAGGCAAACUGGAAAUCGCAAAGGAAAUUGCAACUGCAGCACACAGCGAGCCCAAAUGGAAGCAUUUGGGUGAAUUAGCAUUGUCUACUGGAAUGUUGGAGACAGCAGAGGAGUGUUUGAAGCAAGCAAAUGACUUGAGUGGCUUAUUGCUACUCUAUUCCUCCUUGGGCGAUGCUGAAAGAAUUGCCGAUCUUGCAUCUCUUGCCAAAGAGCAUGGAAGAAACAAUGUUGCUUUCAUUUGUCUAUUUAUGUUGGGUAAAUUAGAAGACUGCCUUCAGUUGUUGGUCGACAGUAAGGUGUCGGAAAUUGUUGGCCUUUGGAGAAAGGACCUGACUAAGAUUAAUCAGAAAGCUGCAGAAUCUCUUGCUGAUCCAGAAGAAUACACGAAUUUGUUUGAUGACUGGCAAGUUGCUCUUGCUGUUGAAUCUAAAGUUGCUGAGGCGAGGGGAAACUAUCCUUCGGCUGCUGAAUACGCGCAACAAGCUGAUAGAUCAACCGCAAGCCUUGUAGAAACGUUUAGAAACAUGGAAUUAGGAGAAGAGGAAGAAGCAGAAGAACCUAUGGAAAAUGGAGCCUUGGAUUAUGAGGAUGCAGAACCAAAUGGCGAAGUGCGAGAGGAGUUGGAUGAAACGCAAGUAGAAGGUGGAUAUAUUAAGAGUCAAGAAGAGGCUCCUGUGGUUGAUGCCGACUCAACCAAUGGUGCCAUGCUUAUAAAUGGGAAUGAGGCUGCGGUGGAAGACAGGGAUACAAAUAACCAAGGAAAAACGGUAGUCUAAAAGCGAUUGGAUUGGAGUGUGAAAUUCCCUUGUUUAGUUGCUGUGCUUGCCCUCGAAUCUACUCAAGACAGACGGUUCCAGCUGUAAACUAUUUCUCUCAUGCUGUGUGCUUUAUGCUCUUGCCCGAAAGAGGUGGUCUCGUGGAACUGAGUGUCUUUCUCCAUUUCAGAUGAAGGUGAAUGAAAUUUUUGUCGUGGGGCCCCACAUUCAUUAUACAUUCAAGAGUUUUGGUUGUUUUAGCCUAGUAUUGAUAGUUACAAUUUAAUUAUGAUAUAUUUUUUGUGCUGGUUUUUACUUGAAAUUAUCUGGUGGUUGUCGUGAGGUGUAGAUACGUACUCGAUUCCCAUCGCAUUGUUAAAUCCCGAAUUUUCCCAUUGAAUAUAUUGCGUUUUGUGCAAAAAUCUGUUUACUUUUAAGUGGAUGUUAAGAAGUUACUGAAAAUCGUAAUCCCGAGUAUUAGACUUGGAAAUACGAGCAAGCUUUUUUUUUUCUUCCGUCCAAACUGAUGAAUUCAGUUCAAAUUUGUGUUUGAGUCUUUUAAGGUAUUACUGGUGUUAGAUUUUUGAGAUUUUUGGUGGUCAGAAAGAGAUUUUGCAAAUGAUGCCAUUCACCA